AUGGACAACAAGGAGAAGCUGUCCUACAUUUCCAUCGACUAUGAGGAGAUCGAGACUGCCGAGACCAGCUCUGCUGUUGAGAAUAACUACGAGUUACCUGACGGGCAGGUGAUUACCAUUGGGGCAAAGUGGUUCCGCUGCCCAGAGGAUGGACCUAUAUGGAAACAUCGUGCUGAGUGGUGGGUCCUCCAUGUUCCUGUUGCUGACAACAUAGCUCUGUCACGGAGAAGCAUGAAGAUCAAAGUGGUGGCCCCACCUGAGAGGAACGCAAAAGAAAAAGGUGCAGGACUAGAGUAA